CCAUGGCAAUGACAGGAUCUACACCGUGCUCAUCCAUGAGUAACCACACGAAGGAAAGGGUGACAAUGACCAAAGUGACGCUGGAGAAUUUUUAUAGCAACCUUAUCGCUCAACAUGAAGAACGAGAAAUGAGACAAAAGAAAUUAGAAAAAGUGAUGGAAGAAGAAGGCCUAAAAGAUGAAGAGAAACGACUAAGGAGAUCAGCACAUGCUCGGAAGGAAACGGAGUUUCUUCGAUUAAAGAGAACAAGGCUUGGACUGGAAGAUUUUGAGUCUUUAAAAGUUAUAGGCCGAGGAGCAUUUGGUGAGGUGCGGCUUGUUCAGAAGAAAGACACGGGGCAUGUGUAUGCGAUGAAAAUCCUGCGCAAAGCAGACAUGCUGGAGAAGGAGCAGGUUGGCCACAUCCGUGCGGAGCGUGACAUUCUAGUGGAGGCAGACAGUUUGUGGGUUGUGAAAAUGUUCUAUAGUUUUCAGGAUAAGCUAAACCUCUACCUAAUCAUGGAGUUCCUGCCUGGAGGGGACAUGAUGACCUUAUUGAUGAAGAAAGAUACUCUGACAGAGGAGGAGACUCAGUUCUACAUAGCAGAGACAGUGCUAGCCAUCGACUCCAUCCACCAGCUGGGGUUCAUCCACAGAGACAUCAAACCAGACAACCUUCUCUUGGACAGCAAGGGCCACGUGAAACUUUCUGACUUUGGCCUUUGUACCGGCCUGAAAAAAGCACACAGGACAGAAUUCUAUAGGAACCUGAACCACAGCCUGCCCAGUGAUUUCACUUUUCAGAACAUGAAUUCCAAGAGGAAAGCAGAAACCUGGAAAAGGAACCGACGCCAGCUAGCCUUCUCUACGGUGGGCACUCCUGACUACAUUGCUCCCGAGGUGUUCAUGCAGACGGGGUACAACAAGCUCUGUGAUUGGUGGUCACUCGGGGUGAUCAUGUAUGAGAUGCUCAUCGGCUACCCACCAUUCUGCUCCGAGACCCCACAAGAGACGUAUAAGAAAGUGAUGAACUGGAAGGAAACUUUGACCUUUCCCCCAGAAGUUCCUGUGUCUGAGAAAGCCAAAGGCCUGAUUCUGAGGUUCUGCUGUGAAUGGGAACAUAGAAUCGGAGCCCCUGGGGUUGAAGAAAUAAAAAAUAAUCCCUUUUUUGAAGGUGUUGACUGGGAACAUAUCAGGGAGAGACCAGCUGCAAUAUCUAUUGAAAUCAAGAGCAUUGACGAUACCUCCAACUUCGAUGAGUUUCCAGAGUCUGAUAUUCUUAAGCCCACAGUGACCACAAGUAACCACCCUGAGACUGACUACAAGAACAAAGACUGGGUCUUCAUCAAUUACACCUACAAGCGCUUCGAGGGCCUGACAGCCAGGGGGGCCAUACCUUCCUACAUGAAGGCAACAAAAUAGGGCCUUUGCUGGAACCCUGAGCGGGGCAGAGAUCUCCGUACAACAUUGCAGUUUUCCUCUUGUGCUCUUGAAAGAACUUCCAAGAAGUUUGUAGAACCCAUUACUACGUCAUAGUCAAGUCUCUCAAAUGUGAUUGUAAGUGGAUAUUCCUUCAUAGUGCAACGGGAAGCUGAUAGGACAAAGACAAGCAUUUCUCCAUUGGCCAUAAGCAGCUGCUUGCUUCUUUAGAAGCCUUGUAAACCAGUUUCCUAGGUGUUUUAAAGAGAAUUUGAAUUUCCUAAGUUCAUCAGAAUGAAGGGGAAAAAGAGCCAUCCAUCGUUACAAAGAUUAAACACACUGAGUACCAGCCAAUGCCUGUGCUGUGGUGACACGCCACCUGCCAAGCCUGCCAAGUAUUUCUUUCCUCUUUACAGCUGAAAGCUGUAUAG